AUGAGCAGCUUUCAAAACAUCGAGAAGCCAUCCUUCAUGUGGCACUGGAGGAGUUGGGAUGAUUUCAAGGCCGCCUCGUUGUUCACCCUUGGCAACUAUGCCAACGUCAUUCUGUUGGUUGUCUUCCUCGUUGCGGCCCUGAACCAAGUGAGGGUCAAGAAUAAAGCUGCAAAGAAGAUCGGGUUUGAGAACCGAUACCUCAAAGCCUCCGAGUUCCCUCCCGUAGAGGAGCAAGAGGAUUUUGACUGGGAGACCACUGAACCUCUCCGUAUCCGACCCUUCAAGUCGAAAUAUCAUUUGACUAUGGCCGAAUCUGACGAAUCAGCACUUGAGAACCUCCCGCCUUCGGAGCUACUCAUGAUGGACAGGAACUACGCAGAUCGCAUUGCCUACCGCCGCAAAAUUAUAGCCGAGCACGGUGAACACGUCGUUGCCGUCAAUGACGAUUACCGCAUUCGUCCGGCCGUCGUGGAGCUCUAUCAGUUUCUUCUCGGCACGUAUCUGCCAUUACGCUUUCCGAGGAUGUUUAAACUGCACGAGGCCGAUUACGAGGAGGGCAAGACGUUUAUGCUAGAGAACUUGGUGACCAAGGCACUCUUUCCCGCGAAACCCUCGCCUCGGACGUCCACGAAGACGUUACUGGAGACGCUCGGCCGCACCCUGGAUGAAGACUUCCUCUUCCUCCUUCCCGAAGAAGGGGAUCCGAACACCGAGAAGAAAGAAAAAUCUGACGAGAGCUCCGACGACGACGCGAAAUAUAUCCUUGAAGCCUACGUCUGCUGCUGUCCCAGCGGUUUCGACCCCCUCGAGAAACUCGGGCAUCGCCUCGCCAAAAUCCACGGCCCUGUGCCCGGUUAUCCUCAAAAACUGGAAGCGUCCAUGGACCGAUUCUUCUCCCGGCUCGAAGUGGGCAAGUACGUCCGCCGCGUCAACUGGGCCAUCACGACGAACACCGACCUUUAUGCUGCGGGACCCGGAACCAACCACGCCCACGAAGGUGACGAGGUGGAGGAGCUCGAGGAUAUUGACGUGGAUAAGACGUUCCUGAGGUGCGAGAGGCAGACACUCCACAGGCUACCCAAGAGUGAGGCGCUGGUGUUCGCCUUCAAGACCUAUCUGUAUCCGAUCGCCGAGGUGAAGGCGGAAGGAAAGGGAGAGGAGCUUGCAGAAGCCAUUGAUGGACUGAAGGAAGGCAGUGUCCCCGCAAUGCACUUCUACAAGAGAGGCGUGGUUUGGGGGGAGGCGGUCAAGAGGUAUCUCCGAAGCUGA